AUGGUAGCUCCGUCUGUUGUUCAUUGGUUUCGCCUAGAUUUAAGGAUUCACGAUAAUCUUGCUUUAAGGAAUGCAAUAAAUGAGGCAGAAAAUCGUAGCCACAUCUUAAGGCCAAUAUAUGUGAUCCACCCUGAAGCGAAAAACAGAAUAGGCGGAAACAGGUUGAGGUUCCUUAUACAGUCUUUAAACGAUUUGGACGCAAACUUACGAAAGUUAAAUUCACGCCUUUAUAUCCUCAGAGGGGAUGCAAGCAAAUGUCUCCCAAAAGUUUUUAAGAAAUGGAAUGUAAAAUACCUAAGUCUUCAAGUUGAUAUUGACCCUGAAUAUAUAAAACAAGAUGAAGUUAUUGAAAAGUACUGUGAAGAGAAUGAUAUAUUUGUUGUUAAAAGAGUUCAACACACCGUUUAUGAUGUGCACAGUGUCGUAAAGAAGAAUAAUGGAAGUAUUCCCCUAACUUACCAAAAAUUUCUAUCACUGGUCAAAGAUACACAAGUAAAGGAACCCAUCGAAGUAACAAAAGUAUUGUCAGAAGGUUGUAAACCUGUAGAUUUUGAUUGUAAAGAUUAUGAUGUACCAACAUUUUCACAACUGGAUUUUGAUGAAUCUUCUCUACUGGAAUGCAAGUAUGAGGGUGGUGAAACAGAAGCCUUGAAACGACUUAAUGUAUAUAUGGCAAAGAAGCAAUGGGUGUGUGCAUUUGAGAAGCCCAACACAUCCCCUAACAGUAUAGAACCAAGUACUACAGUAUUAAGUCCAUAUAUCAGCCAUGGCUGUCUUUCAGCAAAACUUUUUUAUCACAAACUGAAACAGGUAGAGAGUGGAAAUAGACAUAGCGAACCCCCAGUGUCCUUAAUGGGACAACUAAUGUGGAGAGAAUUUUACUACACAGCUGGAUCAGGAACUGAAAAUUUCGAUAAAAUGGUUGGCAACCCUGUUUGCACCCAAAUACCUUGGAAGAAAAAUGAUGAGUAUUUAAAGGCAUGGGCUGAAGGGAAAACUGGGUAUCCCUUUGUUGAUGCCAUUAUGCGACAGUUAAAGCAAGAGGGCUGGAUACAUCACUUAGCUAGACACAUGGUUGCUUGCUUUUUAACAAGAGGGGAUCUGUGGGUGUCCUGGGAAGAUGGGGCAAAAGUUUUUGAAGAUCUGCUACUUGAUUAUGACUGGUCAUUGAAUGCUGGUAACUGGAUGUGGCUGUCGGCUUCUGCAUUCUUCUAUAAAUACUUUAGAGUAUACAGUCCAGUUGCCUUUGGCAAGAAAACUGAUAAAGAAGGCUUGUUCAUACGAAAAUAUGUCCCAGAAUUGAAGAAGUAUCCCACAGAAUACAUUUAUGAGCCCUGGAAAGCUCCUAAGUCUGUACAAACAACCGCUGGCUGUGUUGUAGGUGUUGAUUACCCUAAAAGAAUCGUCGAUCAUGAUAAAAUUCAUAAAGAAAAUAUGCAAAAAAUGUCCGCUGCCUAUAAACUUAAUAAAGAAAAGAAGUCAUUAAAGAGACCUCGCCCAGAUUAA